UUUGUCUGCUUUUCUGUAGGCACCUCGUCCUUAUUCUCAUUACACAUCUCUUUUUUCCUUUUUUAAGCAACGCCUCCGUCUGCACGCAGGACCAGACGCACCAAUCACACGCUGGAGACUGGCGGGUUCGUCCAUGUGAUUGGCUGAUCCCGGUGCCAGUCACAACCCUUUUGACCGUCUGACCAAUCAGAAGCCUAGAUGCCUAGAAUGCCCCCCCUCUCCUUUACCUUCCCUAUCGCCCUGAACUUCUCGCUGACGUUGUGGUCACGUGAUGUUUUCGCUGGGUCGUAGUGAUGUGUAGCCACCAUGAGUGAAGGAGAGAAAUAAAGCUUGAUCAUGGCAGCGCGUGAUUUCGGUGCUCAGGUGCCGCGCUUUGUGCUGAAGAUCCACCGGAACAGCGCGUCCCACAGCGGCGGGGAUUAUCACCUGAACGAGUGAACCUCAUCGUGGAGCUAUAAUCCUCUCUCUCCCUCUCUCUCUCUCUCCCUCUCUCUCUCUCUCUCUCUCCUCCCCUUCACUCCCUCCCCAAAAAAUGGGCCGUGCGUCAGUGUAACGGAGGUAAAGUGACCUUUAAUUUCAUCGUCCCAUGGAAGAUCUCCGCGAUAACGGCGUUAUGUUGACGCUGGAGGCGCAGCCGCGUCGCGCUGUUGCAAAAACGGCGGCGGUCGCGACCAACGGAGAGCCUUCAUCAUCAUCAUCCUCCUCCUCAUCAUCAUCCUCCUCAUCAUCCUCCUCCUCCUGCUGCUGCUCAAUCAAUAACGGCGGCUCGCGCUUGCCCGUGCACUCGACGGCCUCUGCUCAUCAUCAUCACCAUCAUCAGCAUCACCAUCAGCAUCAGCAGCAGCAUCAGCAGCCCGGCGCCCCUCCGAGGAGACACCCUCCACCUUACCACUUCAGAGUUCAUCAUCUAUUCCCAGAGGAGAACGCUCAGGAUCCUGUGGUGAGGAAACACCUCCCCGCGCUCCAGUACAAGGUGCACGACUCUGCCUUCUGCCGCGUCCUCAGCACGGACACCACCGCCGCCGCUCUGGCCGCCGCCGCCGCCGUGUGCUCGGGCAGCGUGGACGCCGAUGUGUGGAAGUGCGGCUAUCUGAGAAAACAGAAACACGGCCACAAGAGGUUUUUUGUGUUGAGAGGGCCCAGCAACCUCGGGCCCAGUCGCCUGGAGUACUACGACAGCGAGAAGAAAUUCCGAAAUGCACUUAAAGCUGCUGCUGCCUCCACUGCCGGUGUCGUGUGUCCUCCUAAGAGGGUUAUUUACCUGUCCCAGUGUUUCACCGUCAACAAGAGGGCUGACGCUAAGAACAAAUACCUCAUUGCUCUUUAUACUAAAGACGAGUAUUUUGCCAUGGUGGCCGACAGUGAGCAGGAGCAGGACGACUGGUACCUGGCCCUCACAGAACUGAUGACCGAAGGCAAAAAGGGGCAGCUGGACACGGACGAGUUAGACGACGGCUACGGGACCAUUUCACCUGGGACCAUUUUUAAGGAGGUGUGGCAGGUGAACGUGAAACCCAAAGGUUUGGGGCAGACCAAGAAUUUAAUGGGGGUGUACCGUCUGUGCCUUUCCGCCAAGACAAUUCACCUGGUGAAGUUAAAUUCCGAGACCCCUGCUGUGAACCUGCCCUUGAUGAACAUUCGCCGCUGCGGCCAUUCUGAGAGCUUUUUCUUCAUCGAGGUGGGACGCUCUUCUUCUAUCGGCCCAGGUGAGAUCUGGGUGCAGGUGGAAGACUCUGUGGUGGCUCAGAACAUGCACGAGACCAUUCUCGACACCAUGAAGGCUUUGAAGGCCUUUCCGGACUUCAGACCACGGAGCAAAAGCCAGUCCUCCGGGUCCAACCCCAUACCCUUUAUCACGACGCGCCGCCACUUCGGUAAUCUCCCUCCCAGCCAGACAGGGCUCCAGCGUGCCUCCAGAACCGAUUCAGUGACGGGCAUUCCUCCUACAGGAAAGAGUAAAGGCGUAAUAGGACAGCGCUACCGUACCUCCAGCGAAGGCGAGGGCACCUCAGACCGACCUCUCAGCUCGGGUACGGGCAGCUUGUUGCACCUGAACACGCCCUGCCUGAAUGUGGGCCGGGAGGAGAGCGGUGGCUGCUGCGCUCAUGCCUCACAUGGUUCUGCACAUCAUACUCGCUCUGCCUCCCUCCCCGUAUCGCACUUUCUGUCUGCUACCAGUCCCAUCAGCGUUUCCAGCAGCAGCGGCCACGGUUCAGCCUCGGACACACACACACGACCCUCCAGCUCCUCCAUCUGUGGCUCUCCCAGUGAUGGAGGCUUCAACUCCUCGGAUGAGUUCUGUCCCAGCCCUUGUGACUUUAGAUACUUCCGUGCAAGCAGCAGUACACCUGAACCACACAGCGACACUCCGCCCAUUAGGGAGGAGAAUCGACUAGCGGACUACAUGGCCAUGGAUUGGUACAAAGACGCACAGGGUGGUGCCAGGACUUUUGAGGAGGAGAGCAGUUACAUGGAAAGAACUUUUCUCAAGCUCGCACAUUACGCCAAGCCAAAACCUGCUAACAGUUUAGGAGUCAUGCACCAGAAAGCGACGCAGACUUCAUCUUCAUUAGAUGAAUCGAGCCCUGUGGAGUCAAAACGGCACGCUGUCUGCUCCUGCCUCCUUAAAGCAGGCUAUAAAUCUUACUCUGAGUUACAUCACCCAAACAGGCCUCCCUCACUCAACUCAGACGGUCAGAAGAAACUGCCUAAGGAUGACGGCUACAUGCCUAUGAUAUACAACGUCGUCCCCUCUCCUCAUACAGAUUACACCCCUAUGCAACCCAGAGCAAACCACCUGGCCACCCUGCACCUUCAUCCCUGCUCUUUGCAGCAGGUGGACAGACAUGGCUACAUGAUGAUGCUGCCACGAGACAGCCCUUCUCCCGGAAUAACCAGUCCCUCCAGCAGAAGCCAAACCGAGUAUGACGAGUACAUGGACAUGUCCCAGAUCAGCUCCGCUGAAGGCUACAGGCAGGGUUCCCCUGAAGGCCCCAAGUCUUACGGCUCUUAUUUCUCCCUUCCACGCUCUUACAAAACUCCGUGUCGAGAGGAUCACAGAAAAACGGAAUACGUUCCCGAGUCACCGGUUGAACCUCCGAGCCCUCCCAGUCCAGGAGAGUACAUCCACAUGGAGUUUGGAGACAGGCCUCCUCAUGCAGCGUCCUCUCCAUCAGCAGUGGACUCGCCCCCCAUGCCAAGUUCCCAGCCUUGCUAUCAGCUGUGCUGCUCCUCACCUGACCAAGACUACAUAGGCCUAAAUAUGGACAACCUCCUGAAGAACCGUCCUCCUCGGCACUCCCUCGUAGCCCCGUGGAACCCCCCGAACUACGCACGCCCCUUAGGAUGCACCUACGGCCAGGUUCAGAAUAACUUUGUCCCUAAGAAUGUCCACAGAGAAGCUGAGAGUCCCUCCAGGAUGAUACAGCACCUCUGUGUCUCUGAAAGGUCACCCAGCCCUCAAACAGAGCCUAAGGUCAUUAGGGCAGAUCCGCAGGGCCGGAGGAGACACAGCUCAGAGACCUUCUACCCCUGUCCUGGUGGCACUGCGGGUGGAUGUACUGCCAGAUCUUCUGCCAUCGUGAAUCUUGCAGAAGGCUGUAGAUGGCAGAAUUCUGCCUCGUUUGAUAGCAUGUGGUCUUACACAGAAGAUCAAGGAUCUCCUGACUCUGUUCUCCUCACUGCUAACUGUGCCACUGGAGGAACGCGCUGCAACGUUUCAUCCAGCUACCUCAACUACAUCGCUCUGGACCUGAGGGAGGUCCCACGGAUCACCCACGAUGCCACAGCUCCACACCCAGCCCACGGGACACUCGAAGAGAGCGAGGCCUGUGCUGGUUUGGACUUAUCCAAGUCAGGAGGACACACCACUGCCUCGAAAGAGUGAACACGCCGUACGCUGGGAGGAAAUCAGAACUUUGGAAAUCCAGUGGACUCCAGAAUGCAGAAGAGGAAGCUGCCUCGUCCUCCUCCUCGUCCUCCUCCUCUUCAUCAGACCUCCGACUGCAAAGACUGAAUAAACUACACAGCCUCUUUUGCUCUGUAUCUCCUACAUAACUGCCUCAGACCGGUUCCAUUUUAUUGUUCAGUUAAAACACACUUGUGUUAUUGUUUACGUGAGUGACUGCGCUGAUCGUGAGUCCAAAAUCAGAGCUGUGAACUUCAUCCAGGCUUCGAGCACUUACUAAUCUCCAUAACGUUCUUAUUCACAGUCCUUACACAACCUGCUGAAUCACUGUAAAUACGAGGUGCUUGUGUAUCAAAUGAGAAUUUGUAAAAUGUGCCAACUACUUAGUAGUCCCCUACACACACACACACACACACACACACACACACAAAUAUAUAUAUCUUUGUUUAUUUAGAUUGAUUUGUAUUUCUAUGAACAGUGUAUUUUUUUCUGGGAUCCUGCACAUCAGUGGUAAAGGGAUUCACAUUGGCCACACACACACACACACACACACACACACACACACACACACACACACAUCACCUUUAAAUUGACCCUAGUUGAUGUUUUUGCUUCUGCUUAGGACUUGGAUACGCUAGCUAAAUGUUCCCUGAUGCGACAUUUCUGAUAAAUCCUCAGCAUUCAGACUUCCACUGAUUCCUUUCAGCAUUCACUAAAACACUGAAGCACUUCCACAGUUGCUGCAGAAGCAGGUGGAUCUCCUGCAGCAGCAGACUGGAGAGAUGUUUGGAGAUCUCUGACAGCGGAGUGUAUUAUGGCGUAUCCAUGCUCUAAGGAGGUUUAGUAUAAAUGCUCUCGUUCCGCUCCCGGAGUUUGGGAGGACGGAGUGAUCUCGGAUUCUCAGCCGUGUGAAAAUCUCACUUAACACAAACCACAAACUCACGUAUAGCACUUUGUAGGUAUUAGAUAAAUAACAAUAAGACAGUGUUUCUAAGUCAUAUAGUCGCUACCUCCAGUCCAUAUCAUUGGAAAUCUAUUCAAUAAAUCUGUCUCGCUCUGAGAAAAAGACAAAAGUGUAAUCACACAGUAACGGCAGAUCUGCAGCGGGUCAGCCUGGAAUCCCUUUAGAUAUAAUGUGUGAGCUUACACACACACACACACACACACUUACACACUUACACACAAAGCGUUUCUUUUUGUAUUCGAGUCUUCAGUAUGGAAGGACACUGAGCCAACAUCUUUUCAUUCCGUUGUACUUUGUAUUUAUUUCAUAUUUGUAUUUAUUUUAUGUGCAAAUGCUGCAGAUGAGUUGAAGUUUUAUACUGUGUUCAGUUUCAGCCCUAAAAAUGAGAAAAAACAGAGAAAGAUGUUUACUGAAUUGUUCCUCUGAUCCACACAGGUGCAUCUUUACGCAGUCUACACGGUACACGCCGUAGCCUACUGUUCCACACAGCGCUCUGUUCUCCACUUUAUUUAUCUAUUUAUCUAUUUAUUUAUUUAUUUAUUUAUUGAAUCAGAUACGGUGACGUUCACUGUACACGGGACCAUUUGUACAGAGCACUGCUGGUGGCUGCAGUUACGUUAACGUAAUGCUUACAGAAAGGGAGACGUUCAUGUAAAUAACAACGUUACUUAAGACCAUGUGUUUUCUCACAUAUUUUUGUCUCUAUUUAUUUAUUAAUUAAUUAAUUAAUUUAUUUAUUUAAUGGGGGCACGGUGGCUUAGUGGUUAGCACUGUUGCCUCGCACCUUGGGAGCUCGAUCCCGCCUCCUCCCCGUGUGCGUGGAGUUUGCAUGUUCUCCCCGUGUUUCAGGGGUUUCCUCUGCAUACUCCAGUUUCCUCCCCAGUCCAAAGACAUGCGUUGUAGGCUGAUUGGCAUCUCUAAAUUGUCCGUAGUGUGUGAAUGGGUGUGUGAGUGUGUGUGGUGUCCCUGCCUUGUGCCUCGAGUCCCUGCGACCCUGUGUAGGGAAAGCGGUACAGAGGAUGGAUGGAUGGAUGGAUGGAUGGAUUUUUUAAAUGAUUUUUUUUCCUAAGGGUUAUUCACAGUCCCUUCCUUGCCUGUACCUGAAAGCUUUAUAAGAAGAAGUGUUGGCUAGAGGUCGUGGUGGAAAGCUGUGUAGUGAGAAGUGUUUAGCUUUGCAGUAGUAGUCCAGAUGAUGUUGGGACAAAAGAUUUUAAAAAACCACGCUGUAUGUCAGUGAGCUUUCCAUUUGUUUCUGUGGCGCUCUGGCGGCCAUUUUUCUUUCUUUGACUAGCAUUUGUGUCAUGCUAUUGUGUCAUGAUAUUGCGUUGCUUUUAAUGUAUGUAAUAUGUGACGUGGGAUUGAGGGGGGUGAAAAAAUAAUAACAGUAGUAUACCGUUUCUUGGGAACUUUUCUACACAAUAACUGCAGUGAUGAGCUGAAAAAUAACCACGCUCGUGUUUUUAUUUUCUACUUUGAGAUCUUUUGAGGAUCUAGAAUUGGGGAAACUGAUAUUGUAAUCAUUGGAAUCAUGUUAUUGGCAUUUUUUUUUAAUUUACCUUGUUGUUUUAGUUGUUAAGGAAGAGAGCAGCAAGAAAAAAAAAGACCUGAAAUGGGCAGAGUGUGUGUUGACAUUUAUUUUCUCUUGAGUCAGUCAAUGCUCACAAUCUUCUGCUUAAACAGUUUGUGAUUGGGCUGAACCAUGCUGGUAGAAUCGGAUCAUUCGAAACACUGUCUUCCUUUGUAAAUACUGUAAUUUUUUGAUAUCCCUUUCUCUUGUUGAUCAUGCUACGCAGCACCCACUUUCCUUGAUUUCAGAACGAGGGUGUCUGAGGAUUUUUUGUCGGUUCUACAUUUUUAUAUUUUAUUUUUGGUGUAUAUUUAACAAAUUGGGUUUUGCUUGUCAUAGAGCUAUUGCAAUAAAAAAAAGUGCCAAGGUAUUCCUGACUGGGACUGAUGUUUGUGUGUUUUCCUAUCAGAUGUUUGUGAUCUGACAUGAUGCAACAUUGCUCCAAGAUGUGUUAAGACCAGAGAUUCCCAUCUAAACACAUCACUGACAAAAUAGUCUUUUAUUGUGGAGCAGCUUGGUGAGUGCUGCCCUCUGCUGGACACAGUGAAGAUCACGCUUCGGGUCUUCAGCAGGUGAGUCUCUGCCCAGCUGAAGCUCCUCACCUGUAUCUGCAUGUGUUUAUGCACUGCAUUACUGACACAUGAUUGGCUGAUUGGAUAACUGCAUGAACGUGCAGGUGUACAGGUGUUCCUAAUAAAGUGGUCAGUGAGUGUAAAGCUGUAAUAAUGUAAUGUAUGCCAAAUGUCCAAACCCAAAUCCACAAAUUAACCAGCAGCUGCAGUUUAAAAGUAGCUCAGUUCUGCAGGAAAACCUCAGACCUGGCAACCCUGGUGAGGAAACUCAGAGAGCUUUACUCUACUAAUGAAUAUAAAUUAAAAUGC